AUGAUUGGAGUGAGAUCGGCGGAGCUGCGCGGCGGCGAGCAGUGCGCGGCACUGCCAUUGUGCAAGGCCGUGCCGCUGGGCGCAGCGACGCGCGCGGCACACGAAAAGUUGUUCGCGUUCGACAAGGGCACUACGACGCUUGCGUUCAAGUACCGCGGCGGCGUGAUGGUGGCGUGCGACUCGCGAGCGAGCCAAGGCACGUUCGUCGCCUCGCAGACGGUGCGCAAGAUUAUCGAGAUCAACGAGUACCUGCUGGGCACGAUGGCGGGCUGCGCAGCGGACUGCAGCUUUUGGGAGCGGCACGUGGCGCGGCUGUGCCGGCAGCACGAACUGCAGCACAAGCAGCGCGUGCGCGUGAGCAUGGCGGCGAAGUGGCUGGCCGACUGCUUCUUCCACUACCGCGGCUACGGACUGAGCUGCGGGACGAUGAUCGCGGGCUACGAUUUCGAGGAGGCAGACAGCAAGCUGUUCUACGUGGACGACUCGGGCUGGAAAUGCGAGCGGCAGGUCGCGAGCGUGGGAAGCGGACAGGGCUACGCGUACAGCGUGCUGGACAACGGCUACCGCUUCGAUCUAAGCGACGCGGAAGCGCUGCAGCUGGCGAAGCGCGCGAUCUUCCAGGCGACCGUACGCGACGGCGCGAGCGGCGGCGUGGUGCGUGUGUACCGCGUGGCGCAGGGCGGCUGGCAGAAGCUGGUGGAGGCCGCGGACGUCGCUGUGCUGCAGCGCGAGUUUGGCGUGAGCGGCUAG